CGAAAAAGCAAAAGAUUUGUAUGAACAAGCCAUAGAAAUUCAAACAAAAGCAUUGGGACCUGACCAUGUUAAUUUUGCAAAAUUGUAUGACAAUCUGGGGUCGGUUUACAGUUAUAUGGGAGAGUACGAAAAAGCAAAAGAUUUGUAUGAACAAGCCAUAGAAAUUCAAACAAAAGCAUUGGGACCUGACCAUGUUAUUAUUGGGAUAACAUACAACAAUCUGGGUUUGGUUUACAAUGAUAUGGGAGAGUACGAAAAAGCAAAAGAUUUUAUUGAACGAGCGAUGAAAAUUGAAACGAAAGCAUUCGGAUCUGACCAUGUUAAAAUUGCGACAACGUACAACAAUCUGGGUUUGGUUUACAAUGAUAUGGGAGAGUACGAAAAAGCAAAAGAUUUUUGUGAACGAGCGAUAAAAAUUCACACAAAAGCAUUUGGACCUGACCAUCUUAAUGUCGCGAUAACGUACAGCAAUCUGGGUUUUGUUUACAAUAAAAUGGAAGAGUACGAAAAAGCAAAAGAUUUUUUUGAACGAGCGAUGAAAAUUCAAACGAAAGCAUUUGGAUCUGACGAUGUUAAUAUUGCGCCAACGUACAGCAAUCUGGGUUUGGUUUACAAUGAUAUGGGAGAGUACGAAAAAGCAAAAGACUUUUUUGAACGAGCGAUGAAAAUUCAAACAAAAGCAUUUGGACCUGACCAUGUUAAUAAUGCAAAAAGGUACAAUAAUCUGGGUUUGGUUUACAGAAAUAUGGGAGAGUACGAAAAAGCAAAAGAUUUUUAUGAACAAGCGAUGGAAAUUCAAACAAAAGUAUUUGGACCUGACCAUGUCAAUGGUGCGUCAACGUACAAUAAUCUGGGUUCGGUUUACCAAAAUAUGGGAGAGUACGAAAAAGCAAAAGAUUCUUAUGAGCAAGCGAUAGAAAUUCAAACAAAAGCAUUUGGACCUGACCAUGUGAAUAUUGGGAUAACGUACUGCAAUCUGAGUUUGAUUUACAAUGAUAUGGGAGAGUACGAAAAAGCAAAAGAUUUUUGUGAACGAGCGAUGAAAAUUGAAACGAAAGCAUUUGGAUCUGACAAUGUUAAUAUUGCGCCAACGUACAACAAUCUGGGUUUUGUUUACAGUAAAAUGGGAGAGUACGAAAAAGCAAAAUAUUUUUAUGAACGAGCGGUAGAAAUUAAAACGAAAACAUUUAGACCUGACCAUGUUAAUAUUGCACCAACGUACAACAGUAUGGGUCUGUUUUACAGUAAAAUGGGAGAACACGAAAAAGCAAGAGAUUUUUAUGAACAAGCGAUGAAAAUUCAAACAAAAGUAUUUGGACCUGACCAUGUCAAUGUUGCGUCAACGUACAACAAUCUGGAUUGA